GUUCACCACCACCAACAUUGCCUCAUUAACCAUCAAAAAAAAGAAAAAAAAAAAAGAAAAGAAAAUAAUAAUAAUGGCCACACCCACGAAGACGACAACGAGGACGACGACGACGACCACCACCACCACCACCACCGCGGCCACGGGUCCCAUCACCACCCCUCUGACGACCCUCCUGGGGAUCCGUCACCCGAUCCUGCUGGCCGGCAUGGCGCGCGUGUCUAACGGGCGGCUGGCCGCGGCCGUGUCCAACGCGGGCGGGCUGGGGGUCAUCGGGGGCUUCAUGUACACGCCGGAGCAGCUGCGCGAGAUUGUGGCGGAGCUCAAGGCGCACCUGCGGUCGCCGGACCUGCCGUUCGGCAUCGACCUGGCGCUGCCCCAGGUGGGCGGGUCGGCGCGCAAGACGAACCACGACUACACGGGGGGGCGGCUGGACGAGCUGGUCGACGUCACGAUCGAGUCGGGCGCCCGCCUGUUUGUGAGCGCCGUCGGCGUGCCCCCGCGCCGCGUCGUCGACCGCCUGCACGCCGCCGGGGUCCUCGUCAUGAACAUGGUCGGGCACCCCAAGCACGCCGUCAAGGCGCUCGACCUCGGCGUCGACAUGGUCUGCGCCCAGGGCGGCGAGGGCGGCGGGCACACGGGCGACGUGGCCAACAGCGUGCUGAUCCCCGCCGUCGUGGACGUGGCCAAGCGGUACCGGCCCCAGCUGCUGGGCGGGGACCGGCCGGCGCUCGUCCUGGCCGCGGGGGGCAUCUGCGACGGCCGCGGGCUGGCGAGCUCGCUGAUGCAGGGCGCGGUCGGCGUCUGGGUCGGCACGCGCUUCGUCGCCAGCGUCGAGGCCGGCUGCAGCGACCAGCACAAGGAGGCCGUCGUGAGCUGCGGCUUCGAGGACACGGAGCGGACCCUCGUCAUCAGCGGCCGCCCCCUGCGGAUGAAGACCAACGACUACAUCCGCAAGUGGCACGCCCAGCCCGACAAGAUCCGGGAGCUGUGCAGCAAGGGCAUAGUGCCCCUCGAGCACGACCUCGACCAGGGCAACGAGGUCGACAUGCCGCACCUCAUGGGCCAGGUCGCCGGCGCCAUCACAAAGAUCCAGCCGGCGGGCGAGAUUGUCGACGAGAUGGUGGCCGAGGCGGUCGAGAUGCUCAAGCUGGCCAAUGUAUAUCUGAACGGGGGGAAGGCGAGCAAGUUGUAAUAUGUAAUAUGUCGAACUUUCCGAUAGCGCCAAAGGGGGUCGCAGUGUAACUUGUGGCAUCUCGGACAUGGAGAGAAGAGUCUAUUGUCCUGUCGAGUUGUCGCGUCCUCCUCCUUCGGACAGCCCAAACCAACAUUUGGCUUCCGCACCUCAUCAGAGGUCCCCUUUUUAUUCGAUUGUCAUCCAGUAGGCUACGUCGAUGGGUUGGAGCUACCGGGGCAAGCAUAUAAUUCACCCUUCUGUCCACCCUUGCCGAAUACUCCAUGCUCUCAGUUCCCGGAAACGGGAUUAGAGAGCGAACACGAGAAAAGACGUCUCCUAUAAAGUUGCCGUGAGCACAGUACAUUGUAUCAUCGUCACCACGGCAAUGCUAGCGGCGU